UAUAAUGUUUAAAAUAAAAAUAGGGUGUUUUAUAAAUUACUAAUUUCUUUUAGUGAUUACCUCAAUAUAUAAUUUAAUGGAGGAUGAUAGUUGUUUUUUACAUUUGUCUCCAGCUGUUACAUCAAACAAUGAAUCAGAUGUAAUUGGAGGUCGUUCUCCAAAACUUUGUGGAAUCCUCAAGACACCUAAUUCAUUCUCAUCCCUAAAUAACAAAUCAAUUACUUCUCUUUCGUUAAGUUCUGCAAAGAGAGUCACAAUAAGUGUUGAAAAACAGUUGGAUUCUCGUCGAAGAUUGAGGUCAUACUCUCCAUAUGGUUCAAUCUGGUCUUCAAAUAUAAAGUCUUACUCGCGUAGAAGACGUAGGUUAAAUAACCUUUCAUUGGAAGCAUUACUUGAUCAAGAUGUGUUGUCGCAAUGGUGUGAAGAUAUGGCAACACCACCAAAAUGUAAUCAAAAUAUCUUUUCCAAGAAUAUAAGUAAUAAAGAAAGUAAAAAGAAUGUGGCAAGAGUUUUGUUUGAUGUCACAAAUGUCGAUAGUUUAAAAGCAUCUGACUCGAUUAUAAGUCUAAACACAGAAUUUGACUAUCCAUAUAUAUCAUCAUCUCCAACACUGUUUCAAGACAUGACAAAAAAUAAAAAUUGUUCCCUACUUGAUUUAGAUAGUAAUAAUUCUUUAUACGUGUCAAUGGAGCAUGACAAAGAAAACAACUGGAUUUCUUCCCCAACAAUGGUUUUUGAAAAGGAGGAUAAAUAUAGGACAAAUAGUCCUGGGACAAAAUAUAGGACAAAUACAUCAGUUUCUUUAACAUCUUUAACUCAUUCAAUAAAUGUCGAAGAUAGUGACAAAUUAAAUUAUAAAUUAAAAAGAAAAUUUUCUUUAAACGAAAACUUAAAAAAGGAUAUACUAAAAAUUGAUAAUGAAAAUUGCUUUCUGUCACCUGCAGUUACAACCAAGCAAAAAAAAUCUCAGAAAAUCUCUUAUGAAAUGAAAAGUAGAUCCCAGUCUACUCCAAUUGAAAAAAAAAAAUCUCAAGAAUCUCAAAUUAAAGAAUCUCUAAUUAAAGAAUCUCUAAUGAAUCCUUUUUAUAACCUGAACGUCAGUAAUCCCGAUAUUAUGUUGUCUCAGGACUUUGCUCUGACUUGUUUUAAUCAAAAUGAUGAAAGUUAUAUCAAAAAGCUUGAAAAACAUAAAAGAAACGAAUCUUAUUUAAAUUUGACCAAUGAAAUAUUUAGUCACUCUUCUAAUGAUAGAUUGUUGAACAAUUCAAUAAAUGAUGAAAAACAAUUUUUAUCCCCUCCAAUGAUUGGUGGUUUUAAAUCUAAUUCUCAGUUUUCAGGAAUCUGGAAUUACUCUGAUUUUUAUGAAACACUUACGAACAAAGUUGAUUUAAUUACAGAUUUUAAUGAGUCGAGCCCAAUUCUUCACGCUAAAAUUUCAGCCAACCAGAGUGUUUAUGUUAAUAAAACUCAAUCUUUUGAAAAUGAAAAUGUAACUCCCAGUUCACAAGAACUUGUAAAAAGAGAAAAAUAUCCAUGCUCAGUGACUAUUCAUAAAAAUAAUAUGGCAUACUCUUUAGAUUCCUCCAUUAAAUCAAUUUGUACAGACAAAAAUUACAUUUUUGUACCACCAGUAAUACAAUCUUGCACAGUUGUUAACCAGACAAUAGAACAGCCUUGCUUAAAUCAAACAACAUUACUUAACAACUUGGUACAAAAUAAUAAUAAUAAUAACAUCUCAAUGCAGAGUGGUAAUUCUAUCUUGGUAAAUAAUGAGAAUUUGAGAACAAAAAAGUUUUCAUAUCCAAAACAUGAAAACAGAUUUCAAAACACUCCACAAAAAGAAAAUAUAGGCAAUAAAAAAGUGCAGAAAUUGGGACUUAAAAAAUCUGUUAAUUAUAGCAGAAAUUCAAUAUUGCCAGAUGGAUUUAUAAAUAUGGAUAAUCUUACUCAAAUUUCUGCUGACGACAUUAACAGCCAGAAAUUCAAUAAUGAUACAAUGUCUAGUUCUUUAGACCAGAAUUGUCCUGCUAAAUUUUCAGAAAAUAUAAACCAAGAUGCAAAAAAAAAACAAGUUAUUAACAAAAUUGAAGUCAAUUUAUUAAGAGGUUUAGAGAGUUUUCAACCUGGUUUUGAAACAAAAGUUGAAGGUUCUGAUAAGUCACUUCAGGAAGCUAAAAAGUUGUUUCAAGAAGAAAGUAAUAACUUAGUUGAAGACACUUUAAUAGAAGAUUUUAAUGGUUUUCAAACUGGUUUUGGUAAAAAAGUGGAAGUUUCUAAAAAGUCACUUCAAGAAGCUAAAAAGUUGUUUCAAGAAGAAAAUAACAACAUAGUUGAAGAAGCUUUGAUGAAAGAUUUUAAUGGUUUUCAAACUGGUCUUGGUAAAAAAGUGGAAGUUUCUAAAAAGUCACUUCAAGAAGCUAAAAAGUUGUUUCAAGAAGAAAAUAACAACAUAGUUGAAGAUGCUUUGAUGAAAGAUUUUAAUGGUUUUCAAACUGGUCUUGGUAAAAAAGUGGAAGUUUCUAAAAAGUCACUUCAAGAAGCUAAAAAGUUGUUUCAAGAAGAAAAUAACAACAUAGUUGAAGAAGCUUUGAUGAAAGAUUUUAAUGGUUUUCAAACUGGUCUUGGUAAAAAAGUGGAAGUUUCUAAAAAGUCACUUCAAGAAGCUAAAAAGUUGUUUCAAGAAGAAAAUAACAACAUAGUUGAAGAUGCUUUGAUGAAAGAUUUUAAUGGUUUUCAAACUGGUCUUGGUAAAAAAGUGGAAGUUUCUAAAAAGUCACUUCAAGAAGCUAAAAAGUUGUUUCAAGAAGAAAAUAAUAACAUAGUUGAAGAUGCUUUGAUGAAAGAUUUUAAUGGGUUUCAAACUGGUCUUGGUAAAAAAGUGGAAGUUUCUAAAAAGUCACUUCAAGAAGCUGAAAAGUUGUUUCAAGAAGAAAAUAACAACAUAGUUGAAGAUGCUUUGAUGAAAGAUUUUAAUGGGUUUCAAACUGGUCUUGGUAAAAAAGUGGAAGUUUCUAAAAAGUCACUUCAAGAAGCUGAAAAGUUGUUUCAAGAAGAAAAUAACAACAUAGUUGAAGAUGCUUUGAUGAAAGAUUUUAAUGGGUUUCAAACUGGUCUUGGUAAAAAAGUGGAAGUUUCUAAAAAGUCACUUCAAGAAGCUGAAAAGUUGUUUCAAGAAGAAAAUAACAACAUAGUUGAAGAUGCUUUGAUGAAAGAUUUUAAUGGGUUUCAAACUGGUCUUGGUAAAAAAGUGGAAGUUUCUAAAAAGUCACUUCAAGAAGCUGAAAAGUUGUUUCAAGAAGAAAAUAACAACAUAGUUGAAGAUGCUUUGAUGAAAGAUUUUAAUGGGUUUCAAACUGGUCUUGGUAAAAAAGUGGAAAUUUCUAAAAAGUCACUUCAAGAAGCUAAAAAGUUGUUUCAUGAAGAAAGUAAUAACAUAGUUGAAGACACUUUAAUAGAAGAUUUUAAUGGUUUUCAAACUGGUCUUGGUAAAAAAGUGGAAAUUUCUAAAAAGUCACUUCAAGAAGCUAAAAAGUUGUUUCAAGAAGAAAAUAAAAACAUAGUUGAAGAUGCUUUGAUGAAAGAUUUUAAUGGGUUUCAAACUGGUCUUGGUAAAAAAGUGGAAAUUUCUAAAAAGUCACUUCAAGAAGCUAAAAAGUUGUUUCAAGAAGAAAAUAACAACAUAGUUGAAGAUGCUUUGAUGAAAGAUUUUAAUGGGUUUCAAACUGGUCUUGGUAAAAAAGUGGAAGUUUCUAAAGAGUCACUUCAAGAAGCUAAAAUGUUGUUUGAAGAAGAAAAUAAAAAAUUAUUAAAAGAUAAACCAAUAAAAGUUUCAAUGUUUGAAAGUUUUCAAACCGAUCUCCAAGCCAAUCAAGAAGUAAAUGUUUUUAAAAAGUCUAGUCGAUCAGCAAAUGAACUCUUGCCAGAACAUAGAAAUGGUGUAGAAAGCAGUCCAGUAAAUUCUCACCAAGUUAAAAAAUUAGCAUUUUUAAAAGAGCAUAGUACUUUAGGUAAAAACUGUUCAAUAAAUCAAUCAUUUAGUUCAAAAAUGGAUCAAACUAAAACCUCUUUUAAAAAAAAUGAUAGUGUAAUGAUAAACAAUCUAAAUUGUGACAACGUUGCAUACCAACAUUCUGUUGCUAUAGCGUCAAGAAAUUCAACACCUUCUUUGUCUUCAACAUCAUGCAAUAAAUUUUCAAAGGAUCAUGAGCUUUUAACCAAAAACAACAUAAAACAUGAUGUGUCAAAACUACGAAAGAGAAAGAUUGUGUUUUCUUCAUGUGAUGCUUAUGAAUAUGAUCGAGAUGCUAAAUUCAUACUUCCAUUACCAGCUGUAAUCACAUCACCAGAUGAUAUUUUUGACAAUUGCAAUACUACUAGCUUUGAUGAAACUUUAAAACCAUUGAAAAGUUCAUUUACAACACCUUUUAAAAUGAACACCACACCUGCUCAAAAUAUUUCUUCAUUUAAAAAGGAAUCCGAAAGAAAAUCUUUUUGCCCUUUUCAGAAGAAGAGAAAACAAGGAUUUCAAACUGAAACUGACCUUAUUUAUCAGAAGCAAAUUGGAAAACUUUAUCAAUCUAAAAAAAGUUGUAAAUUGUUGGGAGUGUUUGUCAACUAUUGUCUACCUCGCCUACCUCGUAAGUUCUUAAGAGAAGAAUUACAUUCUUUUGGAAUUAAAGAUCAACUGAUUAAUCUCAAUCCUUCAAACGCCUUGAUGUUUCAGUUUUAUGCUGGAAAUUAUUUUAGUGAGUCUGUGUUACAAUCAAAGCAAGCAGUUGUUGGUGAUGGUGUGAAAUUACAUUUUAAUGAAGAAAUGAUGAUCACUGUAAAUGAAUUUAAACAAGCAUUACUGAACUGCUCUAGUGUUGAUAAAAAUCUAAUUAACAGUACUUGGAUAGAAAAUCACUAUAAAUGGAUUGUUUGGAAGUUAGCAAGUUAUGAAAGAAUGUAUCCUGAGCAAAAUGCUGGAAUAUGUUUAACCCCCUCAAAUGUUAUGUAUCAAUUGAAAUACAGAUAUGACAAAGAAGUUGAAUUUUCAGAACGCUCUUGUUUGAAAUGCAUUUGUGAGCGAGAUGAUGUUUCGUCAAGAAGAAUCAUACUCUGUGUCAGUUUCUGUGGACCAGAUGAUCAAACAUUAGAAGAUGGAAAAUUUAUCUGGGUUACAGAUGGCUGGUAUGAAAUUAAGGCAUCAUUAGACUAUCAACUAUCAAAGUUUGUAGAACAGGGCAAAAUUGAUGUUGGUACAAAGCUGUGCAUCUACGGUGCUGAGCUGAUUGGUUCAGAAAAAGCUUGUCCUCCUCUUGAGAUAUCUCAAUCUACUAUGCUAAAGUUAUCUGCUAAUUCUACCCGAAGAGCACGAUGGCAUGCAAAGUUAGGAUAUCAAAGAGAGAAAGUAGCAUUUCCAGUGCCCUUGAAAUCUUUAUAUACAGAUGGUGGAUUAGUUGGUUGUGUCAAAGUGCUUAUUUUACGAAAAUAUCCAAUGCAGUGGAUGGAAAAAGUGGGAGGUAGAUGCUUGUUUAGGAACUUUUUUGCUGAAGAGCAAGUGAAGAAAAGGUAUGAGGAGGAAAGAAGUAUCAAAAUGGAGCAGCUCUAUGUAAAACUAAAAAAAGAAUUAGAGAUGAAAAAAGAUAAAAAAGAUGUAAAGAAAAAAAAGAAUUUCAACAUUAAGUUACUGAAUUGUGGGAAAGAUAUUUUUGAAGCAAUUGAUGGUGCAGCUGAUCCUGCUGCACUUGAGCAAUUGUUGAGUGAUAGCCAAAAAAACCUGGUUAUUAAAUACAAACAAAACUUAACAGAACAGUUCCAAAGUGAGUUAAAGAAGAGAUUUGAAGAAGAAUGGAAAAACAGUGAGUUUCAAGAGAGGUCAACUGUACAAUUACAACGGUUUCGUGUGCAAUGCAUGUGCAAUACAAACCAAAAUACAAUCUUAAGUGUGUGGAAACCAACAAAUGAUAUUAAUGAGCUUUGGAAUGAAGGAGUUAAACUUUCUAUAUAUAACUUGAGUUGUACAAAAAAUAGGUAUAAGCACAUAAAGACUCAAGUUCAGCUAUCUACUACACACACAUCGAAAUAUUUUGUACACGAGAACGAAGCAAAUCUAAAUUUUCAUUCAAGAAAGGCAUACAGUAUAGCUGAUUUAUGCAGAAUGAAUAAAAUACCUUACAAUGAAGUUGAUAUUGUAGGCUUUGCUGUAAAGAUUGAACCUGAAAACUGUAUGCUUGGAGUUGACCAAACAGUUUAUCUUUGUGAUGAUUUGUCAAAACAAUUUCUUAUAGUCAAAUUUCAUGGUGGUUUAAAGGCUUAUUCAGUGGAAAACAUUGUUAAAGAAAGUCACUUGGUUUCUUUUUCAAGUUUAACUUGGGAUCAUAAUGAUAAGUCAUAUCCUGCAAAAAAUGUUUUUUGUAUUUAUUCAGACUUGUCAAAUGUAUCUUGUAAUGUAAAUCCCCCUUACAUGAGCAAGGCAGUAAAAAGAUGCAAAGACUUUAUUGAACUUCAUCCUUCAUUUCUUUGUGAAUUGCGAACUUACCUAGAUAACCAUUCGAAAACAGCUAACUCUACAAACUUUACUCUGGGUAACUUAACUCCGAAAUCUAAUUUUCAAAAUAAGAACAUUACCAUGGAUAUGACUACUCCGGUCCUGCCUACAGAGAAACUUAGUCAUCGUCAUCGACUUCAAAUGAAGAAGCGAUUAUCGCUUGAAUGUUAUCGAGAACCAAAACCACUUUCUGUUUUACAAGCAAAUGAUCGCAAUGUUUUGACGGCGGAAUUUAAGCCGCCAAGUGUUAAAACAAAAACUCCAGUACAAGGUCAUCCUGAAUUUAGUUCAAAAACUUGCUAAAAACAGCGUGCUGUUGUUUUGAUUUGGGUUCAGUGGUAAAGUAAAUGAGUCGAAUCAUUUAUGAAAGCAUGACCAGUUCUGUAAAUGAUGAAAAAACAUGUUUUUAUUUGCUUUUCGUUUGCCUCCGCCAAUGCAGAAAUGUUAAAAUCAUUUUUCGGCUCUCGUUGCAGAUAACAAUGAAGAUAUUUUGGAUUUUUUAAAUCAGCAGUUUUUUUAACUUUAUGAACUUUAUUACGAUAUAGUGUAGAUAAUCAUUUUUUGUUA